AGCUUUACGGUAAUAUGCUCCAAGUAGUAUUUUGACACUGAGCGUUAGAAAGGGAAAAGCUAGCGUUUCAAACAUCACCGAGCAGGACUGAGCAUCUCCUCCAGACAAUGGGAAAAGCUCUCUAACUCUUUGCGCCAUAGUUCACCUUCAGAUAGCACAGAUAUUGGUUUGACGGAGUGGACCUGGAGCAACUGCGGCGUGAAAAGGAGAUCUUUGGUCGUGAGGACAAACCGUCACUCAGCUACGAGGCCAGACCAGAGCCUAAGAUGCCCUAGGCGGGAGAAGGAAAUGUAAAUGGCUUCCAAAGUAAAAGAUGCUGUUGUUUGGUACCAGAAAAAGAUUGGAGCCUAUGACCAGCAGAUUUGGGAGAAAUCGGUGGAGCAAAGAGAAAUAAAGUUUAUUUCUCUGGGCUUGAGGAACAAGCCAAAGAAGACCGGACAUCUCAAACCAGAUCUGAUAGAUGUGGAUUUAGUCAGAGGUUCGGCGUUUGCCAAGGCCAAGCCAGAGAGUCCGUGGACGUCCCUGACCAGGAAGGGCAUCGUCAGAGUCGUCUUCUUCCCGUUCUUCUACCGUUGGUGGAUUCAGGUCACCUCCAAAGGCAUUUUCCUUCUCCUGUUGGCUCUGUAUCUGCUGCAAGUGGCAGCAGCCGCCCUGUAUGUGUCCAUCUCUCAGCCUCAUGGGAUCCCAGUCACCGAGGUGUUCGGAGCCAUCUGGCUCAUGUUGCUGCUGGGAACCGUCCACUGUCAGAUCGUCUCCACCAGGACCCCCAAACCCACCUCCAGCAGCGGGGGGAAGAGACGCAGGAAGUUGAGGAAGGCAUCUCAGAUGGAGGUGCAUAGGGAAGGAGACGGGUCUAGCACUACCGAUAACACACAGGAGGGGGCGCCACAUUCUCACUCAGCCAGCACCACAUACAGCCUGGGCGCUUUCUUCCAAGAUUUCUGGCAUGAUAUCUGUCAAGCUGGAUGUAAGAAGUCCAAGCUGUCCAUCGAUAAAUCGACAGAGACUGAUAACGGCUACGUGUCUCUGGAUGGCCGGGUAACCAACCGCAGCAGCGAGGAGGGGCUUCAGCUGCCAGAGCAGAGAUGUGACCCACUGACCCGGCCAGACGAGGCGUGCUGGACCCCUCACAUCCAGCCCUCACACUCUCACGCAGCGCCCAGCUCAGGGCUGCUCAUGGCAGGCGGCAAUAAGGAGCCUGCAUCUGAUGAAGCUUCUAGCGAGGAGGAUCCCGAAGCGUCCUACAGCGCCCUCCGCAGGGCGUCCGAGAGAAAGAACAGCGACUGCACACUCAGAAACCGCAAAAACACACAUCUUUACAAGAAACACUACACUGUGGAGGACGUUCCCAAAUCCGGCACCAGCUGCAGCUCCAGAUGUUCCAGCAUGAGAACCCAGGACUCUGAGAGCACUCGGCAUGAGUCGGAGACAGAGGACCUGAUGUGGGAGGACUUCCUGCACUGCGCAGAAUGCAGGUCGUCCUGCACCUCAGAGACAGAGGGUGAAGGAGGAGGGGCAUCCGUAUGUACUCCAUCUAAGAAGGAAUACAGAGACGACCCUUUCCAUCAGAGUCAUAUUCCCUGGUUGCACAGCUCCAACCCCGGCCUGGAGAGGGUGAGCGCCAUCGUUUGGGAGGGAAACGAUUGCAAGAAGGCCGACAUGUCCGUCCUGGAGAUCAGUGGAAUGAUCAUGAACAGAGUGAACCUCUACAGUCCUGGUAUUGGCUACCAGGUCUUUGGGAACCUGGUCUCAGUCACCCUAGGACUCACACCGUUUGUCUACAGGUUGAUCCAGUACUGUGACCUGGAUCAGUUCACCACGCUGUCAGCCAAUGAGAUACUCUCUGUUGUUUUGGGGGGAGGCUCUGAAUCUGAUGCCUUGGUGAUCACCAUGGUGACGCUCAGCUUCCUGGUGCGCGUUUGCCUUAUAUGGCUCUUCUUCUUCCUGCUCAGCGUAGCAGAGAGGACCUACAAACAGAGGCUGCUGUUCGCCAAGCUGUUCGGUCACCUGACGUCGGCCCGCAGAGCCAGGAAGUCUGAAGUCCCGCAUUUUAGACUGAAGAAAGUUCAGAACAUUAAGAUGUGGCUGUCGCUGCGCUCCUACCUCAAGAGACGAGGUCCUCAGCGCUCGGUGGACGUCAUUGUGUCGUCUGCCUUUCUCCUCACUCUGUCAGUGGUCUUCAUCUGCUGUGCCCAGCUUCUCCACGUCCACGAAACGUUCCUGGAGUAUCACUAUAACUGGGAGCUGGUGAUCUGGUGCACCAGUUUGUCUCUGUUCCUGCUCAGGUUUGUCACCCUGGGCUCAGAAACCAGCAAGAAGUACAGCAACACCUCCAUCCUGCUCACUGAACAGAUCAACCUCUAUCUAAAGAUGGAGAAGAAGCCGAACAAGAAGGAGGAGCUGACGUUGGUCAAUAACGUUCUGAAACUGGCUACCAAGCUACUCAAGGAGCUGGACACUCCGUUCAGGUUGUACGGUUUGACCAUGAACCCUCUGCUCUACAACAUCACCCAGGUCGUCAUCCUGUCUGCUGUGUCAGGAGUCAUUUCUGACUUACUAGGAUUUAAUCUCAAGCUUUGGAAGAUCAAAUCAUGACAAUAAAGGGAAACUGCGUCUCAGUUUCUUGACCUUCAAUGUUUCCACUUUGUGCAAUUCAGAUUAUUUAUUUACCCUCUCAGUGUUUGUACUUAAGUUUUGUUUUAAUUCUACGUUGUACAACAUUUGUGUUCUGUAACACAAGACAAAGCUAUAUCUGCCUUCUGGAAAACAUGUUAUGAACAUAACUUAUGUUCUCAGCUGCACGUUACUUUUUGUUUUUGUUUUUUUGCUCAAAGG